AGUCCUUCUAAGCCUAAGAGAUGUGUCAAGGGCAGACUCCGUCCGAUAUGCUAAUUAAUACCGUCGUAUUAAGUUAUGAUUUGCAGAAACGGUCAAACAAAGUAUUAUUGGUCGUUUCAGCGCUUGUGGAUAAGCCAUGGUGAUGUCUUUGUCCUGCAUGGUAUCGAUCGUUCGGAUAGGUCAUGGAGCUGAAUGGGUUAUUGAUGCUCUCUACUGCUCACUGUCUUUUUAAUCUUUUGUUGUGGGUGGAUGGUUGCUCGUGCCUGCAUGGGUGCGACUUCAUUUUAGGAUUCAUGCAAGGUAACGUUGCUUUCGACUCCCAUAUCGCAACCAUGCACCCCUCCAUUGCGAUGUGCCGGCAGUUUCGAAUUGAAUGAAAAUUAUGACUCGGGUGUCGGCAGUUGCGAUGUGUUUGCUGACAUUUAUAAUUAGCGAUCAAUGGCAAAAUUUAAGAGUUUCCGAUGAGGCCAUGCCGCAUGUCAGUUAGCUCUUAGCUGCUACAUGUCACCAAUUAUCCUAUUAGAUGAGUUGGCAAUAAAUUAGCAAAUAAGAGCUAGCCACGCGGUUGAAGAUGACACUGUAAGGAUGCAGAAAAAACCCCUACUAUUUUUUUUUGUGAAAAUAUAGGACAUUUUUGAGCAGUGUGGUUCUGGCUUUCUAUAAAUAGACUCCCAAGAGCCAUCUUAGCCUGCACCUCGUCGAGAAAAACUUCCUUGUAGGAGUAUUGAGAAACCAGGCUACUCCAGAAUCAGAACAAGAUCGCCAAGUAAUGGCAAAGUCAGGGACUUUAGAUCUUGCUCGUGGCAUGGGAGGGUCUGUUCGCAAGGAGGAUGUCAAAUCAACCGUUGAUCAGUAUGUGAAGUACCACGACCUACAUGGAGGUGAAAAGGAAUUAAGGAAGUCAAAUUAUGCUGAUUUGGCAAAUAAGUACUAUGAUCUUGCCACUGGCUUCUACGAAUAUGGAUGGGGCGACUCCUUCCAUUUUGCUGGCGGUUGGCAGGGUGAGACUUUACGCGAAUGCACUAAGCGUCACCAGCAUUUUAUUGCACUACAACUUGGGCUCAGGAAGGGAAUGAAGGUCCUAGACGUGGGAUGUGGAAUUGGGGGACCUUUAAUAGAAAUUGCCCGGUUUAGCUCAACACUGAUAACUGGACUGAACAACAACGACUACCAAAUUUCAAGGGGCAAGGAGCUCAUUUUUUCAGCAGGUUUAAGUGAGCAAUGCUGCUUCUUGAAGGGGGACUUCAUGAACAUGCCAAUCGCUGAUAACACCUUUGAGGCGGCCUAUGCAUUACAGGCCACCCCUCAUGCACCUGAUGCACAAGGCGUCUACAGUGAGAUCUAUCGAGUGCUGAAACCUGGGAAGUAUUUUGCACUAGAUGAAUGGUGCUUGACCGACUGGUUUGAUCCAAGCAAUGCUAGACAUUUGGCCAUCAAGGCUGAGAUUGAGCUUGGCGAUGGCCUACCUGACAUUCGUACCACUCGCCAAUGUGUUCAGGCUAUGAAUGAUGCAGGAUUCGAGGUCAUCUUCGCAAAGGAUCUUGCUGAAGAUUUUCCUUGCCCAUGGUACCGGAUGAUGGAUCCCAACAAAUUGUCAUUGACUAGCUUCCAAUGCACACGUCCUGGACGCAUCAUGACUCGUGCAAUUGUCAAUAUACUAGAGUUUCUCCAUAUUGCUCCAGCAGGCAGCGUGGAAAUAUACAACUUCCUUCAGAGUGCCUCUGAAGGCCUUCUAAAGGGCGGCCGGGAAGGGAUCUUCACUGCAAAUUUCUUUGUCUUGGGCCGCAAACCUCUCAAGGAGACUGAAAUUGUGAAUGGCAGCCUCUGAGAUAUUGGCAUGGUUGUGCCCCAGCUUCACAGCUACCAGUUACAUACAGUGAGUGUUUGUACUAAUCAGGAUCUAAGAAUAACCGAACCCUUUGUUGAACUGAAGAGUUGUCGUAUGUAGUUGCUGGGUUGAUUUCAAAGAGCUCGUGUACUGUAUUGACUAUCUGCAAUAAAGGUAUCUUAAUCCAGUUACU